CAGCUGAAACGAAAAGACGACAGAGCAGCGACCAGCAGAGAACAAGCGAUCUACCAUCCACCGAAGAUGCUUUGCCCUAGCACAUUUCAGGCUCCAUUCAGCCCAUUCGUGGACUUCCACUGGCCGGUGCGCAGCCUGUGGCCUGAGACGCGCCCACUGUUCUACCAGAUGGAGCAAGAGAUGAUGAGGCACAUGCAGGAGAUGCGGAACAACCUGGAGUUCAUGGAGCGCCUCCACAAGCGGAUCUUCGACGAGAUCGACCACACUGCUUCCUCCACCGUGUUCAAGCCCAUCUCCUUUCAGCUGGCCAGAGAUGGCGAUCAGUUCGCACUGACCCUGGACACUAAAGACUUCAGCCCAGAAGAGCUGUCGGUCAAGCAAGUGGGCAGGAAGCUGCGGGUGAGCGGCAAGUCUGAAAAGAAGCAAGACGACGGGAAGGGAUCGUACUCGUACAGAUGCCAGGAGUUCCGCCAGGAGUUUGACCUUCCUAACGGCGUCAGCCCUGAGACGGUGACCUGCUCUUUGAACGACGGCCAGCUGCAGAUCCAGGCGCCCAAGGAGGGCAGCGCAGGGUCGGGUGAAAGAGUGGUGCCCAUCACAUGCAUGCCUGCAGUGAACAGCCUUCCAUCUAAGAGCCCAGAACCAGAGAACCAGGCAAGCCAGGAAGAUGCUGCUGAAAACUGAGAUCAACAAAAUAUACACAAAGCUGGAAAUGGACUCAGAGUUCAGCUGAACUGAAUUUAUUGCUGUUUGUUCAGCUACCGACCUGCAUUUUGUGAAUAACUAAGAAAAUUGUAAAAGCCUUUCUUUAUAUAGUAUAAAAAGAUGUAAUGUUUAUUUAAUUGGUUUUGUAUUUUGUAAGAACUUUUACUGGAAUCACUGGAUUUUAACUUUGCACAAAAUUAAAAGUAAUUUUUCUUUAAAAUAUUACAUUAACUGUCUCAUGAUGUACUUUGAUUUGAAUGAUUUUACAAACUUGUCUUCUUUCGAUGAU